CCACCCUUCUCGCUGCCCGUACCGCUGCCUGCUCCUGCCCUGCCCACAUCCCCGCUUGCACAGCCUGAACACCGCCCUCGCUGCCUGUCCCCUGCCCAUCCCACCGCUCCCUGCCCGCACAUUCCCCUUUGUGCCCGUCCGCUGUCCCUGCCCGCCCCCCGAUGCCAGCCCCGCGCCGCUGCCCGCCCUGGGCCAUGCAGUUCUUCUCGUACGAGACGCCCAAGUCGGUGGUGGUGAGGAGCUGGGUGGUGGGCGCCACGCACCGCGCCGUGCAGCUCCUCAUCCUCGCCUACUUCAUCGGCUGGGUGUUCCUCCAUGAGAAAGCCUAUCAGGUGCGGGACACGGGCAUCGAGUCCUCGGUGGUCACCAAGGUGAAGGGCAUCGGGCGCUACGCGGGGCGCGUGCUGGACACGGCUGACUACGUUACCCCCCCCCAGGGCACCUCCGUGUUCGUGGUGGUCACCAAGCAGAUCCUGACGGAGCAGCAGGCGCAGGGGCUGUGCCCCGAGAGCGAAGCCGCGUUCCGGUGCCGCAGCGACCGCGACUGCCGGGACAGGAGCCGCAGCAGCGGCAGCGGGCUGCUCACCGGCCGCUGCGUGCCCUACAACGAGACCCUGCGCACCUGCGAGAUCCGCGGCUGGUGCCCGCCCGAGGUGGACACGGUGGACGUCCCCAUCAUGCUGGAGGCCGAGAACUUCACCCUCUUCAUCAAGAACAGCAUCCGCUUCCCUCUCUUCGGCUUCGAGAAGGCCAACCUCCCCCCCCCCGGCGCCGGGGGGGACCUGGGGCGCUGCCGCUUCCACCCGCAGCUCCAACCGCUCUGCCCCAUCCUGCGCCUCGGGGACGUGGUGCGGCUCGCGGGGCAGGACUUCCGCUCCCUGGCCACCACCGGGGGGGUGCUGGCCAUCAAGAUCGGGUGGGUUUGUGACCUGGACCGCGGUGGGGAGCGCUGCCUGCCCCGUUACUCCUUCACCCGCCUGGACGGGCUGUCCCACGCCACCGGAUACAACUUCAGGCACGCCCGGUACCACCACUGCCAGGACGGCCCCGAGCGCCGCACCCUCACCAAAGCCUUCGGCAUCCGCUUCGACGUGCUGGUGUACGGCCAUGCCGGGAAGUUCGGCAUCGUCCCCACCCUCAUCAACACGGUGGCCGCGUUCACCUCCAUAGGUGUGGGCACAGUGCUGUGCGACAUCAUCCUGCUCAACUUCCUGAAGGGAGCCGAGCACUACAAGGCCCGCAAGUUCGAGGAGGUGCCAGAGGCAGACAUGGUGCCAUCCCCUGGCAGCCCCACGGCGCCGGCCCCUGGGGGGCUGAGCCUCUGCCCCCGGGACAAGCAAUCCACCGACUCGGGCACCUUCUCCCUCGGCCACUAGCGCCAGGCACAGGGAUGGAGGGGGGGGGACC